AUGGACGAUUUCAUCACCAACAGCAGCAAGAAAUCACGAAGCAGUGGGAGCAGAUCCUCUACCAGGAAAUCCCGUCGCAGUGGUAGUAGCAGCCGCAGUCCAAAGAGGAGCAACAACGAACUGCGUCGAACCAAAAAAAGCAAAGAAGAGCAGGAGGCCAAAGAUAAGGCUCGUGCUGAACGUGACAGUGGUGUAUCCGGGACGAAUGCCGUCGAUCACACUGGAGCAGUAGCAGGCAAAGGUCGCAGCAACAACAAAUAUCGAAGUAGCAAAAGAAAAAGCCAGCAAGAUAGAGUGGUACUAUCCAAGGAGGAUGCUGCCGCAAAGGCAAAGAGCCUCAUGAAUCGAGGAGCAGGCGACGAUCUUGCAACUGGACCGAUGCCUGGUGCGCAUGCGGAAUCUCGUGGAUCCGAAGCCAAUACCAUUGACUCCAAAGCUUCAGGAAAGGAAAGCACCAAUAAGGGAAGCAAGAAAACGCAAGGUGAGUCCACAGUGCCGGACACCAGUUCUGAUGAUGUCGACCAUUCGGAUGCCGUAGAACCGAUCGAUGGCCCCAGCAAGCAUCGGCGUGGCAAAAGAAGAAGUCAACAAGAUCGAUACACCAAAGAUAAUGCUGCAAAGGCGAACACUCUCAUGGAUCGAAUGAGUGAAGCCAUUACUGGACCAAUGCCUGGUGCACAUGCGGAUUCUCGCGGAACCCAAGAGUCAAAAGACAAGAACUCUGGAAAAGAAAGGCACCGCAGACCUCUGGGAUCCCAAUCAGUGUUUGCUGUGGAAGAACGAGCGAAAGUUGAAGUUGAUAAGGAAGACAGUAUGGACGGUCUCGUGAUGGCUAAUGCUGUAGACAGCCAUGAUGCCGACCUUGCUACGGCACUACUCAAUUCAAUGCUAGAUCAGCACAACGCCGAAAGUGGGGGUGCUGCUUCAAAAUCAUUGAACAAGUCUAUGGAUGGAAAUGCGCCUGGUGAUGAUCCAAACCAAAAGACAAGGAAAAAGGCAAGGAACAAGAAUGAAGAAUCAAAUGGAACAGACUGGGAACGUAUCAAGCAGAACAAGAGCGUUCGAAUAUGUUGCUAUCUCCUUUGCCUCGUUGUCCUCGCGAUCGGUGCUGUUGCAGCUUGGCUUGCCACGAGGAACGAUGCAUCCAAUGGACCUUCGUCACAAGCCGGUGGCAUUCCAAUCACAGAGAAUGUAACGAAUGUGCCAGUCAAUACAGUAUCACCAACUCAAGAUUCUGAUGCGAUUGAAAAUCCUUUCACAAGUGCAUCUCCUUCCGGGCCUCCUACUAGUACCAACAUUGAGGUUACGUUUGAACCACCAUCGACAGAAGACUGUGCCGCCAUUGCUGGUGGAAAUGCAAUACCAGGUCAAGACACAAUGCCGGUACAAAGCUACCAGCUCGAUCUCGAUGCGACGCCGUUUCUUCCCAUGGAUCUGAGCAUUUCAGCCGGUAUCAUUGAAGAUGAAAUCAGAGAAUUGAUGGCCCCAGCCCUUACUGGAUGUAAUCGAAUUGUUCGAAACUUGCGAUACCAUCGCUAUCUGGAUAGCGGUGCAUUUUCAUAUGCAAUCGGAAAUGUGGCAGUUGACGCUUCUGGAGUCAAAGGAGUACAAUGCUUGGAUGUUUCGAGUCAACAAUGUCAUCGGGUCAGCGUGGCACUUGAUGUUGUGGUAAAAGAUGAUUCAGUGAAAGUUGUCGAUGUGAUUGGUGAACUCAGUACCUUUUUUGGAGAUGGUUUUCUUGCUGAGAAACUUGAUUUGACUGGGCUGUAUGAGAGCAUCAUUGUUGUGAAUCUUGGAUCAAUGGAUCCAACAGAAUCUCCAAGUAUCAGCGAUGCGUCUCCUUCAGCAGAGCCGACCAUAUUACCACCAUCUGAAACCAAAGGACCAAGCGCAAAUCCAACAGGAUACCCAACCGCAGAACCAAGUAUUCCACCCACGUUUUCUCCCGUUGUAGGCCCUACCCCUGGACCAACACCAAAUCCAACUCCUGGACCCACCCUAUUUCCUACUCCAGGACCUACAUUAUUUCCUACCCCAAGACCUACUCCAAGACCGACAUUAUUUCCUACUCCAAGACCGACGUUUUUGCCUAUUCCAGGACCAACGCCAGCGCCAACACCUUUGCCAACAUUCGCUCGGGCGCCCACUCUUCCACCAACUCCACCCCCAACUCCACCACCGUCUCCUCUACCAACUGUUGCUCCAGUGGGUCCCAAUCCACCACCUCCAGUUGUUGGCCCAACUCCUGGACCAACACCAAACCCAACUCCUCAGCCAACAUCAAUCCCAACUCCUGGACCAACUCCUCAGCCGACACCCAACCCAACUCCUGGACCUACAGCACCUCCGACACCUGGGCCUACUUUGCCACCAACCGUGCCGCCCACGCCUCAGCCCACGACUGCCCAACCUACUCCUGUGCCAACCCCUGCACCUCCGACAGUGACUUGUUUUCAAUCCAGUACGGAACUUUAUAAUGCGGUUGGGGUCUGGUUUCAGUCGUCUCAGUCGAAGGCAUCUGUCGAGGGUCAAUAUGGACUAAUCAGCAACUGGUGUUUCGGUCCUGUUGUGACAAGUAUGGAAUUCCUAUUCUAUGAGCGCACUACGUUCAAUGAAGACCUGUCAUCAUGGGAUGUUUCUUCGGUCACAAGUAUGAAAUACAUGUUUGGGUAUGCAUCAGACUUCAAUCAAGACAUCUCCUCUUGGGAUGUUUCUUCUGUCACAAAUAUGGAUAACAUGUUCCGAAACCUUGCAUCUUUCAAUCAAGACUUGUCAUCGUGGGAUGUCUCUUCUCUUCGAGACAUGAGGUGCAUGUUCUGCAGUGCAGCGUCCUUCAAUCAAGACUUGUCAUCAUGGGACGUUUCUUCUGUCACCAGGAUGAGAUCACUUUUCAAUGGAGCAAUAUCCUUUAAUGGAGACAUAUCAUCCUGGGAUGUUUCUUCUGUGACUGACAUGUAUCUCAUGUUUGUGAAUGCAAGAUCCUUCAAUCAAGACUUGUCAUCCUGGGAUGUUUCUUCGGUCAGAGAUAUGAGUUACAUGUUCACUGCGGCAUCAUCCUUCAAUCAAGACUUGUCAUCAUGGGAUGUUUCUUCUGUAACAACAAUGGAAUUAAUGUUCAAUGAGGCAACAUCCUUCAAUCAAGACUUGUCAUCGUGGGAUGUUUCUUCGGUCACAAUUAUGAGAUACAUGUUCCGUAGGGCAUAUGACUUCAAUGAAGACAUAUCCACUUGGGAUGUUUCUUCUGUCAUAAAUAUGGAAAACAUGUUCCGAGAUGUAGCGUCCUUCAAUCAAGACCUGUCAUCCUGGGAUGUCUCUUCUGUUAUGGACAUGAAGUGCAUGUUCUGCAAUGCAGCUUCCUUCAAUCAAGACUUGUCAUCAUGGGAUGUUUCUUCUGUCACAACAAUGAGAUCACUUUUCAAUGGGGCCGCAGCCUUUAACGGAGACAUAUCAUCCUGGGAUGUUUCUUCUGUGACGGACAUGUAUUUCAUGUUCCAAGGUGCAACAUCCUUCAAUCAAGACUUGUCAUCCUGGGAUGUUUCUUUGGUCAUGGAUAUGGGAUCCAUGUUUAUGACAGCUACAUCCUUCAAUCAGAAUCUUUGUUCAUGGGGCUUGCUCAUGCAGAACAAGAAUGUUGCCAAUAAUAAUGCGUUUUCCAGCGCCACCAGCUGCCAAUCACAAUCUGAUCCAAACCUCUAUACAAACCCACCAGGACCAUUCUGUCACUUUUGCAAUUAA